AUGUUCUUUUUCAAUCCCCGAAUUAUUUCCAGCUCAGGUGGUAGAUAUGGCGGCAACGCAGAUCUCAACGUCGCAGAGCUAAAAGCCAUCAUGGAAAAUCUUAUCAUCCAUGACCGCCCUCAAAAGACCCAGGCAGCGGUUUGGGCAACGGAUCUUGACAGGACGCUCAAGAAAACGGAUGCGUCAACCCAGACGGAAGUUGGGAAAACAGCUUUGGUCGCUUUCAUGGCAGCGGUUGCCGCCUUCAACGCUGAUCGUGCGGAUGAUGAGUUAUUACCCUUUACUGUUCGCUUCGCCUCAUCGUACUUCCUCUGA